CGUCGAAUGUGUCGGAAAGACCUUGACAACCACAAAUCCUUCAGUAGCUUGUAGAGAAGUACCUAAUAACUUCUUCUACUUCGGGCACCUAGGGAGACAACUGCAUGACCUCACUUUGACUUCUCACUCAGAUUGCAGGUUGAAGACUUAUUUGAUUGGAUGAAAUUGACGCGUUAAGCGCUCAGACACGCGGAAUUUCCAAUACCUGGACCAGCUAAGAGUCAAACAACCCCGGAUCAUCACUCCACCAUAGUCGAAGUCAGUCAAGUCCAAACAUGUUGGGGGCAGCUCCUACUCUCCGCACUGCAGCUAUAGGCUGUCGAUUGCAGCCAACUCUCCUCACGCCUUGCACAUAUAGCACGACAACUUCUCCUUCCCCUCUUCGGUCAAAAGAAAGUUCCACAACUUCGAGACGACGAGUACCUAUUGCCAAACGAAAUGUAGCUUUCAAGUCUACCCCUUCAAUCGUCCGCUAUGCUUCCUCGAUUCCCUCCCCGCCUCCAACUACUUCCUCUCCCGAACCACAAGCUGUAUCCUCAGAAAAGCUAGAUUGGAAUACAUUCUUCAAGCUCCGCAAGACACGAAGACUGUUGCAGUUGGGCUCUAGCAUUGGCACAAGCAUUGGCGGCUUCACUCUUGGUGUUCAAGUUCUCACUCGCUCGGACAUGGAUGCAGUCGUCUCACAGAUUCCGCUCGAUCCUUUUAUUACCUUAGGCCUGAUCACAUUUGCAUGCGGUGGAAUUGGCUGGUUAGCUGGACCAAUUGUUGGUACAAGCGUUUUUAACUGGAGAAAUCGAAAAUUCAGAAGUCAGAUGGACGAGAAGGAGAAAGAGUUCUACAGGCGGAUCAAGCUGUACAGAGUGGACCCAAGUGCUAGUAGUAUGGCGAACCCAGUACCUGAUUACUAUGGCGAGAAAAUUUCCAGCGUAGCAGGCUAUCGACAAUGGUUGAAAGACCAACGAGCAUUCAAUAAAAAGCGAACAACGUACAUCAAGUACUAAGAUCAUAACGGCCUGCAUGGAAUAGCAAAAUGAAUGGGAGCUGCUGCACAGCCAAGUGCUUGUUUUAUAUGUCAUCGGAAUGGAAUGGAAUUGCCAGCUAAUCAUGCUGCGGAAAUCGGCGUUACGAGAGCCUCUCCCUUGUAGUAUCAAUUAGUGCGUGGGUCGUACACAAAGUACAAAUGAAAAACAACCCCCCUUUUCAGCACAAUUUAUUGGCUAGUAUUCGGGCC